ACAUCUUACAGUUUACAUUGUGAGAUGGUCGGGGUUUUUUCGCUAGUCGCUAGACGCUGGCGGAACAAGUGCACGCAGAGGCAGCGAUGAAAACCUCAUUGCUGAUGAUAGUUGGGAUAUGCAGGAUCGUAUCCCUACAAGGAAGGUUAACUGUCAAGUACUCCACUCCACCUGCGAAACUAACAGAAUCCAAGCCCCCUAUAAGACUGGUCCGGGAAGUGUUUGACGAUGAUUCUUUAACUGGCUUUUCGAGGGAAGAAGAUGGACAGAGUGACGAAUUUGUGCAGUCAUAUAACAGAAGAGCAAGGUAUUUCUACAAAUACAAGGAGCAAUCUUCGCUGCCCGGACGUUCUAUGGCUCGUCUGCCGCGAGGAUCGAAUGGGAAUGCUUCUGCUAACAACACGGAAAGACAUGUCGCCUCUGCCGAUUCACAAACGGUGUUAAUAAAAAAACCCAUACCCAAAUAUAACGAGGGCGAUUAUGAUGAAGAUUUCCAAGCUAGAAUUAAUAAAGCUGCAAAGACUGUCGCAGAUUCUGGUGAACAUGAAGACGAAGACUUCAAUGUGGAUGACUACGAUUUUGAUGUUAAUCAUGACGAAUUUGCAGGUAGAGGUAAGCCUCUAGAACCUAGAAUAAAAUUAAAGGAAACUAAUGAACCAAUCCAACCCAUUGUUGAACAACAUCUACCAAAUCUUGAAGUGGAAACACCAAAACCAAAACCAGAAAUAAAAAUGCAGAGCAAAGUGAACAUACCGCCAGGACGCACUCUUUUACUAAAUAAAAAGGAACGGGCUGUGCCGACAAAAAGUAGUAAAAUAUCUGAAAAAACAAAAGAUGACGAUUAUUAUGAAGAUGUUAAUAUAAAAGAUGCAGCAAAAGAAAAAAUACGGUCGGUCGAUGAUGACUUUGGUGACGAUAAUGAAGAAAGUAAAGAAUUAGAUCAAAAACGAUCUUAUAUUAGAAAUGCGAGGUCGCCAUGGAGAUUGCAUUCCUACGCGCACAAACUAGGAGAAAAGAGCCCAGCAAUAAUGUCUAAAGCUUUAAGCAUACUACCUAUGUUCCCUCAAGUACCAAAGGCUGAGCAGCCGAUUGAAGAAGAAACUGAUAGCGACUCUGAAAUAUACACUACGAUUUAAUUUCAACGUUGUUUUACUAUGUUUAUGAAUUAUUAUGGCAUAUUAUAUUAUUUUGUCUGCUUUUGCUUUUGUUAUACAUGAGUGUUUACAGUACAUUGAAAUAAAAUACCAAAUUAAAGGUUUUGAAUCAAA